UCCUCCAACCAAAUCCUGCCGAGCCGAGCUGAUCCGAGCGGAGCAUUUGGCCGCGUCGCCCCGCACAGACAGAGGCAGCGGAGGGGAAGAUGAGCGGGUAGAGCCGCCGUCCUCCGUCCCUUACUGAGCCACAUUCGCGCUAAAAUCUCCCGCAGACACGAUGGUCUCCAUCAGGACCGAGGAUUUCUCCUUCCAGCUGAUCCUUCUCAGCAUUAUAGUGGUGACAGCAGAGCCGCUGGUCCGAGGCCCGAGGAAACUCCCCGAAGAUAUCGACUGGUCGUACUCAGGUGCCCUGAAUCAGCGCAACUGGGGUAAGAAGUACCCGUCUUGUAGAAGCGCCAGGCAGUCUCCUGUGGACAUCGACGAGACCUUUACCCAGGUCCGUGUGCAGUACCAGAAUCUGCAGCUGGACGGGUGGGACGCGCUGACGGCGGGGUCCAGCACCGUCCACAACAACGGGAAGACUGUGUCCAUCAGUGUGGAAGGGGACUUCUUUGUGAGCGGAGGCGGGCUGAGCUCCAGGUUCCGAGUCGGUACAAUCAGCUUCCACUGGGGGCGCUGCAAUGCAUCAUCAGAUGGGUCUGAACACAGCCUGAACGGGAUGAAAUAUCCUCUGGAGAUGCAGAUCUACUGCUACGAUCCAGCCUUCCUCAGUCUGGAGGAUGCUGUGAGGAAAGGAGGCAGGAUGGCUGCGCUGGCCGUGCUCUUUGAAAUCAGCUUGGAUGACAACGAGAAGUUCAGUCCUGUUAUCGAGGCCGUCAACACUGUCAGCAGGUUUGGUAAGAGCGGCUCGAUUGAAGCCUUCACCCUGCGGUCCUUGCUGCCUAAUAACACGGAUAAAUAUUACAUCUACAACGGUUCACUAACGGCACCGCCAUGCUCGGAAACAGUGGAAUGGAUCCUCUUCAAACAGCCUGUGGCCAUAUCAGAAACACAGCUGGAGGUCUUUUGUGACGUGAUGACCAUGGAGCAGGCUGGAUAUGUGAUCCUGACCGAUUACCUGCAGAACAACUUCCGGGAGCAGCAGCAGUUCAUGGGUCAGGUGUUCGCCUCGUACACCGGCGUGGAGGACGUGCUCACACCCACCUGCAGCUCGGAGCCGGAGAACGUUCAGGCCGAUGCCCAGAACGACACAACCAUCGUGGUGAUGUGGGAGCGUCCCCGCGUGGUCUACGACACCACCAUCGACUGGUACACCGUCACCUACCAGAGGCUCCAGGGCCGCGAGCAGAGCAGGCAGGAGUACAGGACGGACGGGGAUCAGGACGUGGGUGCCUUCAUCCCCGGCCUGCUGGCCAACAGCAGCUACGUCGUUCAGGUGGUCGCUGUCUGCACCAAUGGACUCAGAGGGCGGUGGAGUGACCAGAUUAUAGUGGACAUGCCAUUAGAAGACCCCGAAAGUGAUUCUGAUUCUGACGCUGUCUCCGAAGGUCUGGAAGGCAACAGAGAGGUUCAAUCUAAAGCCAAAUCAGCGCCGCCAGAGACCCAGAAUCCGGCGGAGGACCACAGCCCGGUGGAGGAGAUCCCGGUGGAGCAGACCCGAGUGUACCAGAACCUCCCGGUGCAGGUCACCCCCCGCCCACCCCCAGAUAAUCCCUCUGAGUCCACCCUGCAACGAAAAACUCAAAUCAAGCCGAUUGUGAGAAAGAAGCCGAGCCGGGCCAGCCCUGAACCCGAUGCCAUGGAUCAGAACUGGAUCUACGAGGACAGCGAUGUUCCGUUACACAAUCCGCUCACUAAUCCAAGUUUUGAUGGCAACGGGGCAAUAUGGGUAGGCGAGGUAACUGAACAGCCGGGCUUCCUGUUUCCAGUUGCCCGGGCAACCACACCGCCAACAGUUCGGAAACAGAUCACAGAAGAGGCCUCGUUGUCGGUGACGCCACAUCAGGUAGGGGAUCAAGGUCCGACAGACCAAGCAGCAGAAAAUGGCGUCCCUUCCCCCUCGUCGGACCUCUACACCCCUCCUGUGGAGGACAUCACCGAUAUCUUCUAUGAAGACACAGUCAACAACUCCCCAGGAGGAACCAACAGCUCUGCUGCUGCUGUGUUGCCAGCUCACACCGUGGUCAAAGUCUCGCUGCCGUCCUCUGAAGACAGCCGCACCCCCGUUAGCGAACCUCGCCCACAAACCAGCACCUCCGUGUCCUCCGCCCCCCCGCCACUAUGGAUCACAGGACGGGUGGCGACCCCCAGCAACACGCUGGCUGAGUCCCUCUACAAGUCCUUCACCACCUCCUCCCUCCUCAGGGGGCUCGUGCACACAACCCAGCCCAUGUUGAAUGAGGGCAGCAACAGCAGCCACGAGUCUCGGGUGGGGCUGGUCGGAGGUUUGGAGAGGGAGAAGAGGACUGUCGUUCCGCUGGCCGUCGUCUCCACUCUCACCAUCCUCUGUCUGCUGGUACUGACGGGCAUACUCGUCUACUGGAGAAACUGUUUCCAGGUGGCUAAUUUCUACCCAGAUGACAGUGCAUCACCUAAAGUCAUAUCAGUUCCAUCUACACCCCUGCUGCUGGCCACAGACGGUCACGAGCCACUGACAGUGAAGCAGUUUGUGAAGCACGUCAUGGAGCUGCACACCACCAACACUUUCUCCAAGGAGUUUGAGAUUGUCAAAGAAUCCUAUGAGGAGGUGCAGGCGUGCACUGUGGACAUGGGCAUCACUGCAGACAGCUCCAAUCACCCCGACAACAAGAGCAAGAACAGAUACAUCAACAUCCUGGCCUAUGACCACAGUAGAGUCAAGCUCUCCGGCAGUUUAGACAGAGACGCCAGAUGUGGAGACUACAUCAACGCUAACUUUGUGGACGGUUACGAGCGGACGAGGGCCUACAUCGCAGCUCAGGGGCCCCUCAGAGCGAGCAGGGAAGACUUCUGGAGGAUGAUCUGGCAGCAGAACGUCGGCGUUAUCGUCAUGAUCACCAACCUCAAGGAGAAAGGACGGACAAAAUGUGAGCAGUACUGGCCCGAGGAGAACCAGGAGGAAUACGGCGCAUACCAGGUGACCCUGAAGAGCAUCAACGCCCUGGCUUACUACACUCUGCGGACGUUCUCUGUCAGAGACACCACAAAUAAGGCUCCUCAGAAGAGAGUUGAACACACAGUCCUACAUUACCACUACACCCAGUGGCCAGACAUGGGCGUCCCAGAAUACACUCUGCCUCUGCUGUCCUUCAUCAGAGCGUCCUCCAGGGCGCGGACGCAGGAGAUGGGACCCGUCCUCAUACACUGCAGUGCGGGUGUAGGGCGGACAGGAACCUACAUAGUGAUUGACAGCAUGCUGCAGCAGAUCCAGGAGCAGGGCACUGUGAACGUUCUCGGUUUCCUGAAACACGUUCGGACGCAGAGGAACUUCCUGGUUCAGACGGAGGAGCAGUACGUUUUCAUCCAUGACGCUCUGGUGGAGGCCGUCAUGAGCCGUGGCACCUUGGUGACCUCUGACCUCCUUCACACUUACGUGUCUGACCUCCUGACCCCCGGGGCAUCGGGCAGGACACGCAUGGACAAACAGUUCAAGUUGAUCAGCCAGCGCCAGGCGAAGCACGCAGACUACAGCACCGCCCUGAGAGACGGCAACGCUGAGAGGAACAGAGCCCGGGCCCUGAUGCCUGUGGAGCGAUCGAGAGUGUGUCUGAGCGCUUCAGAGUCAAACUCCACCGGCUACAUCAACGCCUCCUACGUCUUGGGACAUCACCACAGUAAGGAGUUCAUGGUGAGCCAGACUCCUCUGGACAGCACGGUGGCAGACUUCUGGAGACUGAUCUGGGAACACGACACACACACUGUUGUCGGUCUGCCAGACACACACUGCCAGAGUGAAGAGGGCGGUUCUUGUGUUUACUGGCCCAGUAAAGACCAGCCAAUGAGCUUUGAGGGGUUAAUUGUGUCAUUUUCGGGGGAGGAGCAUGUGUGCCUGUCCAAUGACGAGAGACUUCUGGUGCAGGACUUUACGCUGGAAUCCCAACAGGACCACCAUGUGUUGGAGGUGCGUCAGUACAGCGCCCCCUGCUGGCCAAACCCUGACAGUCCAAUCAGCAACGGCUUUGAUGUGAUCCGUACAGUCAGAGAGCACAGCAGACUGUCGGACAGCCCCACACUCGUACACGACCCGUUGGGCGGAGCGACAUCAGGGCUGUUCUGUGCCCUCACCUCUCUGUGCAGUCAGCUGGAGGAAGACGGAGCGGUGGAUGUUUACCAGGUGGCACGGAUGACCAACCUCAUGAGGCCUGGGGUGUUUAAUGAUAUAGAGCAGUACCAGUAUCUGUACCGCGCCGUGCUGAGCCUGGUGAGCAGCCAGGAGGACCAGAGAGCGCUGCAGAGUCCAGAGACCAACGGCUCCGUGCCGCUGGGUCAGAACAACGUCGCUGAGAGCCUGGAGUCACUCAUGUAGACACACAACACACAACACACAACACACGCACACGCACGCACGCACGCACUCACUCACACACACACACACACACACACACACACACACACACACACACACACAGCUCAUUUCUGAUGUGGCGCCUCUUUUAAAACCAGAAAAAGUGCCACUUUCCAGUAAAACGGUGAUUAUAAAGGACUUCCCGUUUGUUCAAUAACUACUGGAGUGAUUCAUGGUUAACAGAUCCUUUACUAAUGCUCUAUAGAUCAGUUAGUUUGUGUUGCCAGGUUGAGAAAGCUCCCCUAAAAUCGAUUUAGUACAAUUAUAACUGAAUUGUUCCCGUGUUAUUAGACAGCAAAAACAUAACGAACAUUUAUUGAUGAAUUGGCAAUAUUUAGAAGCAUAUAACUGAUCUAUAAAGCAUUAAUAAAGUGUCUUAUAAGCAUAAAUAAAUCCAUUAGUUAGACUACACAUAAACAAAUGUGAUUAAAAAAUAUAAUAUAAGAUAUUUUUCUUAACGAUGAAGAGUCAGCUACAGUUACACUUAAACUAAAUGUACAACUUCUGCAGCAUUGUUUAGAUUUAGUUUUUGUUCCUAUACUCAAGGCAAAACUCAAAUGUAUACAAAUGAAACAAGAUUACUUUAAUUUAAAAAAAAAGGGAACGUACAUUUUCCUAAGCCCUUGAUUUCUUAUACAUUGUAUGCAGUGCACAACAUUAACCAGCAGAUUUUGGGGCUCAAUCUACCACUUCUCCGUAUUUAGAGUCAUAUUUGACCUCUUCAGGCCUCACUAGUGACAUUGAUUAUUUGACGUAAAGGUGUUUACCGCUGUUACACUGGCUCAAUGGACUCUGAUACCCCGUGCCUUUUCUAAUUCAUCCUAUCGUACUCAAACCAAGCCUGUUUUGAUACAACUGUGUGACUAAUAUGCCAAAAUAAUGACCUGUGAUUUUUUUCUACUUUAUUCAAGUAUUUUGCGCAUGUUGCUCUGUAUGUAAAGGUCUGAGAGGAGAUUAAAAGGCAUCGGAUAUUUUGUAAAAGAUGCAAGUUGUCCCCAUUAGCCUGAUGGCUUAUAUAUGCGGGGAUAAGAAGUAACAGUUUUUCGUAAGGAAUUGAAUCCAUAGGUUUUAAUAAAGGGCAGAACAUGUUUAAACCUCCGAAAUCUCUCCUGCAGCACAAGAAUCAAUCAUUAGAAUCAGCGAGAAUCAAAUCAGUGCAUCACUCAGCCGAGACAAAAGCCGUGUUUCCAUUGAUUGAUUGAUUGAUUGAAAAGUUUAUUAACAGCUUGUAUAUUGGGUACAGUACAGUACAGCUCAAAACAUACAAUUGUUAAGGGGAUGCAGACCAGAGAAAGACUUUCGUCUUGUUUACAUCAGGGUCCCCCAUUUCCAAUUCAUCAUAUCAUUUAAGACAUAUAAGACAUAUUUGACAUACA